CUUUUGUUUUGUUCAACAUGUCGAGCGACCUGCUAACUGAGCUGCAGCGACAAUUGCGAGACGUGAACGACCAAUUUGCAAUUGUCAUAGAGCAACUUAUUCACAUCGCUCCACCAGCACCUUUGGAAGGUGAUAGCGGGCAAAUUGUCGCGGAGGAGCCGUCGGCCGUAUCCCACGCAGAGCUACAGGUGAAAGCACUCGAGCUCUCCAAGGGGAUUGCCCAGCGCUUCAAGGACAUCAACACCAUCAUCAGCAAGCUUCCAGAUGCUUACGAGCCUCCCGAAAAACAGGAUGCCCGGAUAGGUGUUCUGCUGCAUGAGCACCACGCGCUGCGCAAGGAGCUCGGCCUGGUGAUGCAAGAAGCGGAGCGAAAACUGGAGGAGAUCCAUGGCUGCUAUGAGGCAAUCGCGCAGCACACCUUGCGACAGGCUGGCAAAAUGGGCACAAGCAACUCGUAAGCACCGUGCUGGUGACGCAGGGGGGUUGGGCGUGCGGUUUUAGCAAGGAACCUUAGAGGCUAAAGAUGAUCAGUAUCAAGGGAACAAUGUCCGCAUGAGGGGGGCAGGAACGAGGUACAGCGCUCGCUGCCGUGCUGCGUAGGCUGUUGUUAUGCGUCCCGUGUUGCAUCGCAUAUUUCGCACGCGGGAAGCCCCCGGUCGGUCACAAAACGGGCUUCGGAGUUCUGACUCUGCAGAACUGAUGUAUUCAUAAGCUAUCCAGGAGAGCUCUGGUGGGGAAUAGGACAAACUUUCCGACGGAAGGUAUCGGCGGAUGCUUUGAUGGCGGAUGAGGUUCAACUGUCUGUGAGAUAGAACUGUUCCAUGAUUUCAUUCUGGUGGAUGCUCGUUAGCAAGUCACACGCGGCUUUCACAAUAACUGACAACAUGCGUCAUAGACGAAAGGGAUGCAUGAUAGCAUGCAUUAUGGUUUUAGGUUUUAUGCGAAACCUCCGAAAGGGAGUUGCGCGGCUCCCAAGUCUCCAUGCUAGUGGGUCUCCCUGCACGAUUCCUGUGCUGCGCCUUUGCUGGUCUAUGGAGUUUCUGCAUCCGCCGUCGUAGUAGUAAUAGCUCGGAGAAAUCUGAACAAACGGUGUAAGCUGUUUGGGGGAAGCUUGGACCCGAUUGGGGAAGCUGUAAAGUAUGGCUUUCGUCGCUUCGUCACUGUCCAUAGGUGACAGUUAUAACGCUGCCAAAAUUAGGAACGGUGGACACGCGCGCUUCGUGCACAAUACAAGGGCAUUUUGAUGUAUGCGACUUCUGUGGAGGUUAUUGCCUGCUGUCCUUGGCUGUGCGGUGAACCAAACUGUUGGCAGAGGAGGUGGCCAGAUGGUGUAAAACAAU